AUGAAGGACGUGUCAGUCAAAAUUUACUUUUUACUUGGCCUAACUAUCACUGCGCCAGUACAAGCUCUGAAUAAGAAAACAGAUUGCCCACAGUCAUGUUCCUGCGAGAUUCGGCCGUGGUUUACUCCUAGGUCAAUAUAUAUGGAGGCAUCAACAAUAGACUGCAAUAAUGUAGGCCUUUCUACUUUUCCAUCUCAACUGCCUGCUAAUACACAGGUACUACUUCUACAAGCAAACCAUAUUAAAAAAAUUGAAUAUCCUCGGGAAUUUCCUGUAAAUCUUACUGGUUUGGAUUUGUCCCAGAACGGUUUAUCUACAGUGGCUACUAUCGAACUUCAGAAGAUAACUCAACUUCUUUCAGUAUAUCUGGAGGAAAAUAAACUUACAGAAUUGCCUGACAGAUGUUUCUUUGGACUUAGUAAUCUCCAAGAGCUUUACAUUAAUCACAAUCUACUUUCUACAAUUGCAUCAGGGGCUUUCACAGGCCUUGAUAGCCUUCUUAGGCUUCAUCUCAAUUCAAACAAUCUGCAAAUAAUUAGCAGCAAAUGGUUUGAAGCUAUUUCAAAUCUGGAGAUUCUUAUGAUUGGAGAAAAUCCAAUAAGCAGAAUUGAAGAUAUGAACUUUAAACCCCUUAUAAAUCUGAGGAGCCUGGUUUUAGCAGGUAUAAAUCUCACAGAAAUACCAGAUAAUGCCUUGGCUGGUCUUGACAAUUUAGAAAGCAUCUCUUUUUAUGAAAACAGAUUAAUUAAAGUGCCCCACAGAGCUCUUCAAAAGGCUACAAAUCUUAAAUUUUUGGAUCUAAACAAAAAUCCCAUUAACAGAAUACAAAGAGGGGAUUUUUGCAACAUGAUACACCUGAAAGAAUUGGGAAUUAAUAACAUGCCUGAACUGAUAUCUAUAGAUAACCUCGCUGUUGAAAAUUUGCCAGAUUUGAGAAAAAUAGAAGCAACCAAUAAUCCAAGGUUAUCAUAUAUACACCCUAAUGCAUUCUAUCGCCUUCCGCGGCUGGAAUCACUCAUGCUCAAUAGCAAUGCACUGAGUGCGCUGUAUCACAGUACAAUUGAAUCUUUACCCAAUCUCAAGGAAAUCAGCAUACAUAGCAACCCAAUGCGUUGUGAUUGUGUCAUUCGAUGGAUUAAUAUGAAUAAAACGAGCAUCAGAUUCAUGGAGCCAGAGUCACUAUUUUGUGUAGAUCCUCCUGAAUUCCAAGGCCAGAAUGUCAGGAUGGUUCAUUUCAGGGAGAUGAUGGAAAUUUGUCUUCCACUUAUAGCCCCAGAAAGUUUUCCUGCAAACUUAAAUUUAGAAACAGGUAGUUAUGUUUCCUUACAUUGCCGAGCUACUGCAGUUCCAGAACCUGAAGUAUACUGGAUUACUCCAUCAGGACAUAAGCUUUUACCCAAUACUGUUUCUCUUAAGUAUUAUGUACAUUCAGAAGGAACAUUAGAGAUCAGUGAUAUAACACAAAAAGAAAGUGGCUUAUACACGUGCAUAGCAAGUAAUUUAGUUGGUGCAGAUUUAAAAUCCAUUAUGAUUAAUGUGGAUAGUUCUUUUCCCCAGGAGAAUUACAAGCCUUUCUCUAUAACAGUAGAAGAUAUACGCUACGAUUCCAUAUUAGUAUCCUGGAAAGCAAAUUCUAAAAUUGUGAAAUUUAACAUUAGGUGGACUGUCUUUCCAAAAGAUGGAAACUCCCUAACCUCUCAGAGUGUUCGAAUUCCGUCACAUCAAAAGGUCUAUAAUUUUACGCAUCUCAUACCAUCAAUGGAAUAUAAAAUUUGUAUAAACAUCCCCACUAUCCGGCUUCAGAAUGCAAGACAGUGCAUCAAUGUUACAACAAAAGAAUUAGAUCCGGCAAUGAGAAAUUGUGAGAAGAGCAGCAGCAGCAGUACUACAGUUCUUUUCUGCCUUGGUUUUCUUUUAGGAUUCUUUUGGGUUGCCACUCUCCUCAGUUGCAUCUGUCAUGAAAUCAACUGUGAUAUAGGACACAGAUUUUUCAGGAAUGAUCUGAAGAAACAAUCCUUUUCUUUCAGUGAGCUUUAUCCUCCUUUAAUCAGCUCUUGGGAUGCUGAUAAAGAGAAAAGCACAGCCCUUGGAGUUCAGGCUACAGUUAUAGAGGUUCCAACAAACAUGUCAUGA